UAUGAUAGACUGUCUGAUUAUUUCUCUGGCGUCGUUAUCUAUGCGCUUGCAUUGAUUGGGAGUUGUGGUAGAACAUAGUUAACAAUAACAUUUAGGAAGAAACCAUGACUGUUACGAAGAACAAGGAAGAGUUAAUUAAAGAGGAAAAGAAGACCGAUGAUGACGAAGAAGUAGCUAUAGCUCUUGUAGCUGAAUGCCAUGUGGGGGACAAGAAGUUUAAGGCCGGAGAAACAUGGACAGACCCCAAACAUGAUUGCAGAAUGAGCAUCUGCAACCCUGGUGGUGUAAUAUCCUAUCUGGAGUGUCCUCGUUUCGAGUUGGGGGAAGGAGAUGAAAUAAGGAUACCAGGAGAGAACAAAUACGCUUAUCCUCACUGCUGCGACUACGUGUUCCACACGAAAAAGAAGAAGGAACAGAUUGACAAAGAAAAGGAAGAUGAUACAAGAGAAGAUGAAAAGGAUGCUGAAGUAAACAAAGAUGGAGAAGUAAGCAAAGAUAAUGACGUCGAAGAAAAGAAUAAAGGUGAAAAAGAUAAAGAAAAUCAGCUAGGAGAAAAAGGUGAAAAAGGAGACGGCAGCACGGAAGAAGAAAGUGAAGAAGAAAAAGAAAACACGGAAGAAAAUGACAAAGAAGAAAAGGGAGAAUCUCCUGAAUCGUCGAAAGUCUCCUAAUUGAUGACUACUGAUGUACGAGUAUUAUUAGAAUUAACCUUUAUUGAAUUUUGUGUGAAAAAUAGAAAAAGUAAGAAGGCACGAUGCAUUUAUUCUAAAUUGAAAACUUAUAUUUUCCAAAUUGACCGAAGUUCAUCAGUAUGACCAUGUAUGACACUCGUAGUUCACACAGUAAAUAGACCAGGACAACUUAAACGUCUUCAGAAUUAUGACAAUCGUCAGAAAAUCAGCGCUUAAGCAGUGAUUUAUAAAAUGGUUUAAUUCUGGCAUAGAUUUUUUUAUGUUAGCAACUCGGUAUUAUUCUAAUACUAGUUACAUACUUCAUAAUAAA